AUGUCUCAGGACAGUUAUGAAAUAGUCAUGAGAAGCACUGGCAGUGUGGAUGUCGGGGGAGCACAAGAGUUAUUUACAUCUACUCUAUCUAGUACCCAUGGGACUUGGCUCACCCACAUGAAAAGAACUGUGUGCCGUGGUUGGUUCGAUGUGGUUGGUGGAUGGACAUUCAACGUGGUUCGUGUAUGGGUGUUCGACGUGGUUGGUGAAUGGUCGUUCGACGGGGUUGGUGAUUGGACAUUCGACGCGAUUGGUAGAUGGACGUUCAAUGUGGUUGAUGGAUGGGUGUUUGACGUGGUUUGUGGAUGGGUGUUCGACGUGGUCUGUGGAGGCGCACGGGUGUGGAACAAGGACAACCAAAAAAACAACAUGAGGGAGUUCACAGGAGGGCAUAGACCACUGGGUAACAGAAACACAGGGUUUAGGAACGAGGAUGGGAGCAACUUGGCAGCCAGGCGAGGGGGCGGUGACAGUUGUGGUGAAGAAGAAAGCGAGUUUGGGUUGAAGUUGGGUUGA